AUGGGACAGAGCGACAGUCCUGAUGCAGAGCACAGCUGGACCACCGAGCGUGUGUGUCUCAUCCAGGGCACAGUAGAGGCCCUCAACAAUGUGCACGACUUCAUUGCGGAGAAGGUGCGUGAGAUGCCCCAGAGCAGCCAGAAGAGUGAGCCGGUCAGCAUUCUACAGCCGCAAACUACAGUCAACCCAGACCGCAUCAAACAGGCCAAGCUCAUCGUUCCAAACAGCACUGCAGGCUUGAUUAUUGGGAAGGGUGGAGCUACAGUGAAAGCAGUGAUGGAGCAGUCCGGGGCGUGGGUGCAGCUGUCCCAGAAACCAGAAGGCAUCAACCUUCAGGAGCGCGUGGUGACCAUCAGCGGGGAGCCGGAGCAGAACCGUAAAGCUGUGGAGAUUAUUGUGCAGAAGAUCCAGGAGGAUCCUCAGAGCUCGUCUUGUCUCAACAUUUCCUACUCUAACAUCACGGGUCCUGUUGCCAACUCCAACCCCACAGGCUCCCCCUACGCAAACUCCACCGAGGUAAUGCCUGCUGCUGCCGCCGCCGCUGCUGCCACAGCCUCCUCUCUACUGGGCCAGGCCGGGCUGGCAGGAGUUGGGGCCUUCCCCACCACUAUGUCCAGCUUAUCAGGAAACGACCUGCUGACCAUCACAUCUGCUUUGAACACCUUAGCCAGCUAUGGCUACAACACCAACUCCCUGGGACUGGGGCUCAACCCAGCCGCAGCCUCGGGCGUCCUGGCCGCUGUGGCAGCUAAUGCUAACCCUGCAGCCGCAGCUGCAGCUAACCUCCUGGCAUCCUAUGCUAGCGAUGCUUCGACCAGCGCAGCCCACUCUGCGGCCAGCCUAGGGGGCUUCUCACUAGGGUCCCUGGCUGCAGCUACAGGUGCCACAAACGGAUACUUGAGUGCUGCCUCCCCUCUAGUGGCAUCAUCUCUGCUGGCCACAGAAAAGCUAUCUGAAGGUGCCAAGGAGGUGGUGGAGAUUGCUGUUCCUGAAAACUUAGUAGGAGCUAUUCUGGGUAAGGGCGGGAAGACCUUAGUGGAGUACCAGGAGCUGACUGGAGCCAGGAUCCAAAUAUCCAAAAAGGGCGAGUUCAUUCCUGGAACGCGCAACAGGAAGGUGACCAUCACAGGCUCACAGGCUGCCACCCAGGCUGCACAGUACCUGAUCAGCCAGAGGAUCACAUACGAGCAGGGCGUCCGUGCAACCAACCCACAGAAAGUGGGCUAA